AUGAAACCACCACCACUCACCACCCUCUUAUCGCUCGCCUCCUUGUUAUCUCCAGCUGACAGCCACGGCCAUGGCCACGCCCAUGCCCACAACCACAAAGGCCACAAACCACACACCCACGGCUCCCGCGCAAUCCCCUCGCGCGGCCUGGACUCAGGCCUCAACAAGCCCCUGCUGACGGGGUACAGUCUAACCUGGCACGAGGAGUUCACGUACGCGCCAAACGGGGCGACGCAGCCGUCUACAGCGAAAUGGGUCUACGAGACGGAUAGUGCAUACACCUACCCCGGGCGUCCAAGGGAUUGGGGAGUCAAUGCCGAGCUCGGCGUGCAGUCGUACUCGGAUGAUCCUGCUGUUAUCGCGAUCACGAAGGCCGGGACGCUGCGUAUCACGCCGCAGAAGCAGAGAGGACAAGGACGAGAUGGCUGGGUUGGUGCGCGGAUCGAGACGGUGCGGGGGGAUUUCAUGGCGGAACGGGGCGGGAAGGUGUUUGUUGAGGCGCGGGUUCGGACGUGCGCUUCUUCUGCUUCUUCAGCACCUGAAGAACAGGGGAUCGCAAGCUCAUUCCGCCUCUACGCCCUCGGCGACGAAUUCCGCGCGUACGAAGACGCCAUGUGUUUGAACUGGCCCGCCGCGAGCGAGUGGGAUAUUGCGUCAGUACUCCAUGGUCAGAAUGCUGUUCAUCACGCGCUGCACUGUGGCUCUGCGCCGGGCGGCCCGUGUAAAGAGUUCGAGGGUUUGGGGGGCUCUGCGCGGUGGAGCGAUUGCGACUGGCACUAUGUUGGGUUUGAGGUUGAUCGGACGAGGCUGGAUGGUGCGGGUGUGGAGGAGUGGAGGGAGAACAGGCUGAAUUGGUAUGUCGAUGGGGAGAAGACGUUCUCGGUGGCUGGGGCGGAUGUGGGUGAUUGGGGGGCUUGGGAGAGGGUUGCGCAUCGGGGGCAUUUUUUGGUGGUGGAUGGGGCUGGUGAGGUUGAGGUUGAGGUUGAUUAUGUGAGGGUUUGGAAUAGGUAG